AUGCCCCGCCUCCGCCUCCUCUACCUCCUCACGCCCCCCGCCCUCCUCACCUACACCAUCCACCGCACCCUCACCCGCCUCGAAACCAAAUACCCCCCCGUCCCCGCCGACCAAGGCAGCACCCGCGCCCUCACCACCCCAGCCAACCCAUCCACCCAACGCUGCGCCGAAAUCGACAUCUACCAGGCCCGCGUACCCGUCCGCGCAUUGCUGCGCGCGGAGGCCGCUCUCACCGGCACCACCAACCCCAAAACCAUCACCGAGAAUAACACCGAUAAUCCCGCCACACCACCAGAAGUCUCGCAAGCCACGCUCCAAAAAGCAUGGGCUCACCUUUUCCUCACCAGCCCCAUCCUCCAAACCGAAGCCAAGCUCAUCGGCCUCCUCACCACAGGGCGAUUCCACCCGGGGGAUGUGGGGUUGUCGGCUGGGGGGUUUGCGCCUUUACCGUCGGACACCGUCACCGACAAUGACCUCAAGAAUCCAGAAAACCAACCCCAGCACAAACGCCAACUCAUCAACGGCGGCUUCACCGUCGAACGGGCCCCCGAAAUCCCGGGGGGAUUGCUGGCCAGCUGGCGCAUCCCAGCCGAGGCACGGGCGUUCUUUGAGCGCCUCGCGCAAUGGGGGUAUCCGUGUCGGUUGAUGAGUGGCGGGCGACAUGAGUGGGGGGUUUCGGAGGUGUAUUUCUGCAAAUCAGAGGAGGGAGAGGGAAAGGCAGGGGCAGGGGCAGGGGAAUGGGUGGUGGAUGUGCGGUUCGGGUCGGCGCACGAUUAUGAGAUUGUGGAGGCGGAAGGCAACGCACAAAAGGUGGUGCCGCGGUGGGUGGGCAGGUUGCAUCGCGGGUUUGCGAGGCUGUUGGUGGAGGAUGCUGUUCGACGGUUGAGGGAUUGCUAG